AUGAGUACCAGUCAAGGACCGAUCCAAGUGGUCACUGAAACAGGAACGGGAAUUAGCAUGGCGAGCUCUUCAACAUCGUUUAAUGGGGUGUCUGGGAAGAAUUGGGGAGAAGGUAGUCAUGGGCAGUCGCAGGCGCGAUUGAAAGAACAACCACCGCAGCACACUGCGCACACAAAUCGAUUGUCUACAACUAUGUCGAGAGGCUCCAUUGGUGGCGGGACAGCAUCAACAAAAAAGACAAUGUGGUUGGGAAGAGGAAUGGUCAAUGACAUUAGGAGGAGGGCGCCAUACUACUGGUCGGAUUGGACCGACGCGUGGGAUUAUAGGAUUAUCCCUAGUACGAUUUAUAUGUUUUUUGCAAAUGUUUUACCAGCUCUUGCUUUUUCGUUUGACAUGUUCGAAAAGACCGAUAUGUCAUAUGGCGUAAAUGAGGUAUUGCUUGCUUCUGUACUCGGCGCUGUAGUGUUUUCAUUCUUGGCUGCGCAGCCAUUGUGUAUUGUGGGUGUUACUGGUCCUAUCACAGUAUUCAACUACACUGUUUACGAUAUUGUGACCCCAAGGGGAAUUCCAUACUUCAAGUUUAUGUGCUGGAUUUGUCUGUGGUCAAUGGUCAUGCACAUUAUACUUGCCAUUACCAACGCCUGCAAUGCGGUCAAAUGGGUUACUCGCUUCUCCUGCGACAUCUUCGGAUUCUAUGUUGCCUUUAUCUAUCUCCAAAAGGGAAUCCAGAUUUUGACGCUCCAAUGGCAUGCAAGUGACGCUGCUGCUCAUCUGUCCAUCUCUAUCUCAUUACUUGUGUUAAUGAUUGGGUACGGUUGUGGAGUUAUUGGGGAUAGCAAUCUUUUCAAACAGCCAGUCAGGACGUUCUUGAAAGACUAUGGCACGCCUCUAACUGUCAUAUUCUUUACGGGAUAUCAGUUUAUCGGAAAAAUGGCGGAUGUUAAAUUGGAGCAACUUCCAAUCUCGAAGGCAUUUCAUCCGACAAUUGACAGGUCAUGGGUGGUUGACUUUUGGAAUAUUGAAGUUGGCCAUGUAUUUUUGGCAGUUCCAUUCGCGAUUUUGUUGACUAUCCUGUUCUACUUUGAUCAUAACGUUUCUAGUCUUAUUUGCCAGGGCAGUGAGUUUCCGUUGAAAAAGCCAGCUGGUUUUCACUGGGAUAUCUUCAUUCUCGGAAUUACCACCGGUGUCUCUGGUAUCCUGGGACUCCCGGCUCCGAACGGUCUUAUUCCUCAGGCACCAUUCCACACUACGUCUCUCUGUGUUACUCGAAAGAGGGUGGACGAUGCAGAGGAACACAAGGGCAAGACUGAAACUGUGAUUGACCAUGUUGUUGAGCAGAGGGUCAGCAAUCUCUUGCAGGGAUUAAUGAUAUUGGGGGUCAUGACUGGACCGCUGUUAAUUGUUCUUGCGUUGAUUCCGCAAGCUGUGUUAGCUGGAUUGUUCUUUGUUAUGGGUAUUCAGGCGUUGGAAGAGAACGGAAUGACACUCAAAAUCGCCUAUCUUCUGAAGGAUCGUGCGUUGACCCAUGGUGGGGAUCCGUUGAAUAGAUGCAGAAAGGGAGCGGUUUGGGCGUUCGUGGCCAUUGAACUCGUAGGAUUUGGAGCAACAUUCGCAAUUACACAGACAAUUGCUGCUAUUGGGUUCCCAGUGUUCAUUUUUCUUCUUAUUCCUAUGAGGACAAAUCUCCUACCAAGAUACUUCACCGCCGAAGAACUGGGGAUUUUGGACGCACCGACUGCAUCACCGUUUACCCUGGAGUCAGCCGGUGGUAGCUAUGGUGACUACCCAGAGAGUGUUGAUAUCAGCCCCCAGGAUUCUGAGACAAUCGAUACCGGUGCCCUCUCAGAUAGUGAUGAGAGUGUCAUGGAAAGGGGGGAUUCGAUGAGACUGGAAAGGAGAAGGCCUUCCGCUGUGAGACCUGGCAAUGAAGUUGAGAUUGAGGAAGGGCCACAGCAUAGACGGGCACGGAGGUGA